UUUACUAUUUUGGUAGAAAAUUAUUUUAAUUCGUUUCAACACUAUUAAAGUCAACUGUCAUUCAAAUGUCAAAAUCAGCUGCGUGAUAUUGGUGUUUAUUUUGUGCUAAUUAAGUGGUUUUAAUAAAUUUUCUAUACAAAUUGAAACGGAAGAAAUAUAAUAAUGGCGUCUCGAUUUAGUGGUGCUUUGCAGUUAACUGAUCUAGACGACUUCAUUACACCGUCACAAGAAUGUAUAAAACCAGUAAAAAUUGAGAAAACAAAAACAAAAACUGGUGCCAAGAUAAAGAUAGGUGAAGAUGGCUAUUUCGAUGUGUCAAGUGGUAGAGAACAGAAACUUCAGAAGGUAGAGAUCACAUUAGCAGACUGUUUGGCUUGCAGUGGGUGCAUCACGUCAGCUGAGAGUGUGCUAGUUACCAAGCAAAGUCAGGAGGAACUGCUAAGAGUAUUCUCGGAGAAGAAGUACACAGAUAACAAAGGAUUGAGUAGAGAUGUGGGUUUGAUAGUGGUGUCCCUGUCACCACAACCUACAUUGUCUCUGGCAGCCCGCUACAAACUGACUCCAGAGGAAGCCACUCACAAGUUAGCAGGGUACUUCAAGAGUUUAGGAGCAGACUUAGUGCUGGACAUGACAAUAGCUGAAGACCUGGCGCUGCUGGAAGCACAACAAGAGUUCUUGCAACGCUAUCAGAACCAGCAGACUGACCCCAGUUCUAAACAGCUGCCUAUGCUUGCCAGCUCUUGUCCAGGAUGGGUGUGCUACGCGGAAAAAACACACGGCAACUUCAUCCUCCCAUACAUUUCAACAUCAAAGUCGCCGCAGCAAGUGAUGGGGUCCCUGGUCAAACAGUACCUCUCUAGGUGCCGGGAGCUGACCGCCGGAGAGAUCUACCAUGUUACCUUCAUGCCAUGCUAUGAUAAGAAGCUGGAAGCGUCCAGAGAAGACUUCUAUAACGAAAUGCUCAGCUGCCACGAUGUCGAUUGUGUUAUUACCGCAAUUGAGCUGGAACAAAUGCUAGACGUCAGCAGCAAGGACUUAAGUGACGUACCUGUAGCCGAGCUGGACUGGCCUUGGGAAAGCCUGGGUGAGGCCCCGCCAGCGCUGCGGAGGCACAUCGGCUCAGGUUCCGGCGGUUAUGCUGAUCAUGUCUUCUUGUACGCCGCAGAACAGCUAUUUGGAGAGACUAAUGCGCAACUUGUGUAUAAAAAUUUAAGGAACCCAGACUUUCGCGAGGUGACGCUAGAGAAGGACGGACAGGAAGUGCUCCGGUUCGCCAUAGCCAACGGCUUCAGGAACAUUCAGAACUUGGUGCAGAAGCUCAAGCGUGGCAAGUCGCCCUACCACUACGUAGAAGUCAUGGCGUGCCCCUCAGGUUGUUUAAACGGCGGUGCUCAAGUGCGACCUUUGACAGGCGAGAGUGGGCGCGAGUUGGUAGCUCAGUUAGAAGCGAUGUACUCCCAGCUUCCACUGGCCAGUCCCGCUGAUAGCAAGCUGGUACGCAAACUGUACGCUGACUGGCUGGACGGCAGAGACUCCGACAAGGCCAAAGCAAUGUUACACACAACUUAUCACGCUGUAGAAAAAUCCGAUAUAGCUCUGAAUAUAAAAUGGUGAUUGCUGACCUAUUUACAUAAUUUUAGUUAAUUUUUACGUUGGUAUUCCAUAUUGCACCUUUUCUAUUGAGGAUACGGUUGAAAACUGUAUGUGUUCAUGGCUAAUGUUGUAUUAAAAACUCUUAAAUAUUAUUUUUUUAUAAAUAGUCUGUGUCAUAUUUCAUUGUUAUUCAAAAGUCUACUUUAUUUUGUGAUCAGUAAGUUAUAAUUUGGAUUAAAUAUUGUUUGAGCUUUGCUGUAUUCAGAAUGUAACUCUGUGUAUUCAGGUGGUGUGUUUCUUAUACAUUAUAAAUAUAAAUACAUACAUAAUAUAAUUGUAAGUUUGUGAAAAUGUUCGUUAUAUUGUUGUUAAGUUGCAACCAAGUUGUUUGUUCAGGUAUAUCGUUGUCUGUCUAGCUGUAAGCUGUUUGUGAUGUAUAUUUCCGUAUAAAUACCGAACAGUUGUAAAUAUCACGCUCUAAUUAUAAGAACAAUACAAUCGUUUGAAAA